UUUCAAUGACAGACCAAUAAUCACAAAUAAAAGAUAAAAAGAUGGCCUGCAUAGCUAUACUUGAUUUGUCCGUCACAAACGUUAACGACCUCCGUGGCAACUUAAGUAUCACGCACCAUGCACCUGACUCACGUUUCUUGAAGCCCCUCACCUUCAUAAGAAGUAGCGCAGAACCUUUGGGAGAAAAGAUUGUUGAAUCAGAGCUUUAAUUUCGUAAAAUGUCGUCUCCAGCAGAAUUUUACAAAUCUCUGCCACCGAUCACCAAAGCUUAUGGGACUAUAUGUGUGGUGGCCACCGCAGCUUUGCAUUUGGGACUAUAUCGACUUGAACAUAUUGCAUUAAUCCAUAAAUUAGUAUUUUCAGACUUUCAGGUUUGGAGGCUUCUUACAAAUUUCUUUUUCCUUGGGAACUUCUCUGUAAAUUUUGGAAUUCGUCUUCUGAUGAUAGCUAGAUAUGGGGCUCAGCUGGAGAAGGGGCCAUUUGAAAGGCGGACGGCAGAUUUUCUCUGGAUGAUGAUUUUUGGAGCUCUUUCGUUGCUGGCAUUAUCAGCCAUCCCUAUGUUAUGGAGUGCAUUUCUUGGGGUUUCCCUGGUAUUCAUGCUCCUAUACAUCUGGAGUAGAGAGUUUCCUAACGCCCAAGUCAAUAUAUAUGGGCUUGUAGCACUUAAGGCCUUUUAUCUACCAUGGGCAAUGCUUGCUUUGGAUGUUAUUUUUGGUUCCCCUCUUGUUCCAGACCUUAUGGGGAUCAUUGCCGGGCAUAUAUACUACUUCUUGACAGUGCUGCAUCCUCUUGCUGGGGGAAGAAACAUUUUAGCAACUCCAACAUGGGUGCAUAAACUUGUUGCACGUCUAAGACUUGGAUAUCCAACAAAUGCCCAUGUCCGACAAGAUAGGGCAGCCGGUGUGGCAUUUAGAGGGAGGAGUUAUCUGUUGAAUUCAUCCUCUGGUCAAGGCUUUUCUUUCAGAAGACUCUGGUCAUCUUGAAGAGCCCAACUAUGGAAGCUACAGAUACGCUCUAGCAACAUAUCUUUUUAGACGCUAUUUUAGGUUUUGGUAGCAUGUUUUGUCAGAAGGGUUAGAUCUUGAGGAAAAGUGUCAAAUCUGAUUUGAUUAUGUUUUACAUAUAGUUAUCGUGAAUAUUUCCUCUUUGAAAAACUUAAAAAAUAAUGAUAAGCCUUUGGAUUGAUGGUCA